ACAGCUCAACAUGGACCAUGGUAUUGAUGGCUUUAAACAGGUAUUACAAAAUUGUAAAGCCAGCGAAAUACCAAUCUGUUUUUACAAAGAAGUUCAUCAUUUCCACAGCAUUAGCGGUGUGGGCUACACUUAUUGUUCUUUCUCUUGUCUGUGUGCUCGCAUUUGGUUUUCCCAACCAUGUGUGUCCAGCCUUUGCGUUGCCUUUGUCAGCUUAUGGAAUGCCAAUUGCUCUGCCAGCUUUGUUAUUUAUUACGUAUUUUCCAUAUCCUGUCUUUGCUUUCUGUUACUGGAAAGUUUACAGUGCUGUUAAGAUGCACAAUGGAAAUCUUUCAUGGCAGAGUGCAAAUGUAGAAGACGUUAGAGUCAGCAAAAUCCUCUUUAUUACCGUUGUUGGCUUUGUCAGCCUCUGGUUGCCGUCUCAAACCAUCUACUUGGUGUCCUAUUAUGUGAGGCUACCACGCCAGCUCGCACUUCUCGCGACCCUUUCUGUUUUCUCAUCUAGUUUCAUAAACCCUUUCGUUUAUGGUUUUAUGAACCGUUCAUUCAGGAACGAAUUCAAAAAAUGCUUGAGCCUGAAAAAAAAGCAGUCAAUAAGCAUGGAAUCGGGUCCGAUAUAAAGGACGAAUCUUCUUUGGCUUGAUUACGAUUUAACAAAAAUAUAUCGAAGAUUAUAUGGACGAUUUGAUUGGGGCCUUGAGCUACGUAUUGCUUUUAAUUCCAAGCACUCGCCGAUCAACGGUAUUGUUAGUUGUAUUGUACUAUUUAUAUUUGGGAGCUUCUCAACGUGGAAAAACAGUGUAACUACCGCUUUUACAAGUGAGAACUUUCAAAAUAUGUUUUUCUUUGUAUUGCCAUAAGUCCGGCAUCAUUCAAUAUGCAUUUAGUUGCAAAUCUCGUGGUUUGGUCCAUGUCUGGUUUAUAAGUAGUUUUAAACUUCCCAACUAAGAGCAACCCUCAAGCUUAAUUAACUAGUCAGUGUAGAAAUUAAGAUGGCCGCAUUUGGCGAUGAAUAAUAGCAUUCUCUCCAAUUAUCUCGUGAACUGUAAAUUUUUUAGUUUUUUUUUCUUUUUUUUGUUUUUGCACUUAGCUAUGGGUUGAUGCCGCACUUAGCUAUAGGUUGAUGCCGCACUUAGCUAUGGUUUGAUGCCGCAUUCAGUUUCCUGUCACCUUUAGAUGAAUAAAAGCCCAAAGGAAAUUUUGUGACUUGAGUUCAUAACAACACUUUUCAAUUUCAAUGCCUAAGGUUCAGUGGAAAUGGAAUUUUGUGAUGUAUAAGCAAACGUAGGGUUCUUAGAUUCUGGCAUAUUUCGUUGCGUUAUCUUUAAAGGAGGAUUAUAAGUCUGAUAGAAGCAGCACUCAGUAUUUACAGGAAUAAGGGUGUAUAUCUGUACGUUGUAACUUCCACUUGUUAAGAAACUGUCUCAGAUUCCAGUAGUGUGUCACGAUUAUAUCCAGCAAAUAGUGAGUAGUAUUAGAGUAGUUAAGAAGGAAAUUUUACGAGAGAAACAAGCAUUAUUCGAGACAGUGACUCACAGGGAACGUCAGUAUAAAAUUUGAAAAUAUACUAGUUCCAGCUAUCAAUUAAGGUGCUUUUCCUUAUUUCCUGUUAUGAACAAUACCACUUGGCAAAAUUUCCAUUUUAAUUACUCUGUAGCUAUAAAUUAAUAUUUGGUUGGGCUGAAAGUGUCCCGCUGAUGUGAUUUCAUAUGAGAAAAAAAUUGACAGCUUUCAAACGUAAUGACUUUUCAUGUACAUACACUCUAAAAGUGGGUCUGUAAAUUACAUUUUAGAGUAAACAACAAUUCGUCGACUUAAAAGAAAACACAGACCGCAAUUUUCAAAGCGAACAAUGAUCGGUGAUGGCUCUGUUUUCACCGUGCUCAAAGGAUAGAAAAACAUAGCAAUAUGGCAAGAAAGCUAACAAUAGCACGCUUUUAAGUCUUAGUUGAUAAAGCGGAUGUUUACUUAGUGAUGAGACAAAAUUGACUCAGGUUUUGAAGCAGAUGUUUUGUGCUACACUGACUUUCUUUAAAGUAAUACGACAAUCGAAACAUUAUUUCAUCCUUACAGCCGAAGCAAACAGCUCGGGUGAAAUACUUGAAAGGUCGCCCUCUUCACGAAGGCGUUUUGAAGGACCAACCACUCGUCAAAGCUGAGAACUCUGUUCCAAAUUCACUAGAGUUUCAACCACCCACACAAAAAGACAAGCAAAGGGAAGGGAACUUGA